UUUGAUUGACAAGUAAUGGAAUUAAAGGUGUCUGACUUUGGACUUGCUAAAUUCCUUGACUCUGAUAGCAACUACAUUACGACUCGUGUAAUGGGUUGGGUUUGUACACUCUCUCUUGUUCACAUUUCUCUUUCUUUGGUAAACUCUUCCAUAUGUUCCCUUAUAUAUAAUCUUUUCGACAGAUACGUAGCUUCUGAAUAUGCAAGUACUGGCAUGUUGAAUGAACGAAGCGAUGUGUAUAAUUUUGGAAUCCUUAUAAUGGAAGUAAUUACAGGCAGGAAUCCGGUUGAUUAUAGUCGGCCAUCGGAGCAGGUGAAUUUAGUUGAAUGGCUAAAGAAGAUGGUUGGUAACAGAAAUGCAGAGGAAGUGUUGGAUCCUAAACUUCCUGAGAAACCAAAUUCAAGGGCCCUAAAGAGAGUACUUAUUAUAGCAUUGUGCUGCACAGACUCAAAUGCACAAAAGCAGCCUAAAAUGGGACAUAUUGUACACAUGCUUGAAGCUGAAGAAUCCCCUUACAAAGAGGAUCGUAGAGCUAGAAGGGAAUCGGGAUACACACCCAAGAAUAAAGUAAACAACAAUCUAAAAGAGGAGGCAACUGUUUCUAGCGAUGAUUGUAGAAUUGAAAGUGGGAUGCAGGACAAUGAGACAAGAUGAAGCUACCAAGAAGCGAAGUUAAGUAUAGAAUUUACUUCUGGGGUCUCGUUUAGUGACAAAAAAGAUUACGAUGUGCUUUUAAUUUAAUGUCAAUAAUGUAAAUGUGCUUCAUUCAUUGAAUAAAAAAUGUUGUAAUGCUUCUCAUGCUUGAUCUGAUUAUGUGAUUGGAAGUUUGUACUUUGUAACUUAUUGUAGCACCCAGCAGGUCAUGUUGAGAUAUAAAUACUCAAUUGAGAUGUGUAAUUAAGUGUAAGAUUUAUGAGAGAAAUUAUAGAUGUACAUAUUAGGGUGUGAGUCCACUCCCCUUAAUUGAUUGAACGAUGUAAAGUACUUUUAGUUUUGUUUUCCUUUAAAAUUGAAUAAGCAGUUUAAUGGUGAA